AGACCCAUGGGCUUGGUAGUGCCCGCUGAGAGAGGGAGAAGAUAGCAGCGGGGCUGCCGAGGCACCCUGCGAUAUCCCAGAUCAUGUCUCUGUGGAGUCUAGUUUCCAAGAUGUCCCCAGAAAAACUGCAACGGCUCUAUGUUGACUUUCCACAACACCUGCGGCAUCUUCUGGCCGAAUGGCUGGAGAAUCAGCCCUGGGAGUUCCUGGUUGGUUCAGAUGCUUUCUGUUACAACAUGGCUAGUGCCCUACUUUCUGCCACUGUCCAGCGUCUUCAGGCCUCUGCAGGAGAGCAGGGGAAAGGAAGCAGCCUCUUGCAGCACAUCAGCACCUUGGAGAGCAUCUAUCAGAGGGACCCCCUGAAGCUGGUGGCCACCAUCAGACAAAUACUUCAAGGGGAGAAAAAAGCUGUUAUAGAAGAGUUCCACCACCUGCCAGGGCCCUUCCAUCGAAAGCAGGAAGAACUCAAGUUUACUACAGCCCUGGGCAGGCUUCAGCACCGAGUAAGGGAGACCAGGAUUCUCCGAGAAUCUCUGCAGCAGGGGACCAAGACUGCGCAAGUGUCUCUGAAGAACUUGAUAGACCCUCCUGCCAAUGGCACUGGUCCAAGUGAGGAUCUGGCCACGAUGCUGCAGGGGACUGUGGGGGACUUGGAGGCCACCCAGGCUCUAGUGCUGAAAAGGAUUCAGAUUUGGAAGCGGCAACAGCAGCUGGCAGGGAAUGGCACACCCUUUGAGGAGAGCCUGGCAGGGCUGCAGGAGAGGUGUGAAAGCCUGGUGGAAAUUUAUUCCCAGCUGCAGCAGGAGAUUGGAGCAGCCAGUGGGGAGCUUGAGCCCAAGACCCGGGCAUCGCUCAUAAGCCGUCUGGAUGAAGUCCUGCGAACCCUCGUGACCAGCUCUUUCCUGGUGGAGAAGCAGCCCCCACAGGUUCUGAAGACACAGACUAAGUUUCAGGCUGGGGUUCGAUUCCUACUGGGUCUGCAGUUCCUAGGGACCUCAGCCAAGCCUCCACUGGUCAGAGCUGACAUGGUGACAGAGAAACAGGCCAGAGAACUAAGCCUGCCCCAGGGGUCUGGGGCUGGAGUGGAGAGCACAGGAGAGAUCAUGAACAAUACUGUACCUCUGGAGAACAGUGUUCCUGGGAACUGCUGCUCUGCCCUCUUCAAGAACCUGCUCCUGAAGAAAAUCAAGCGCUGUGAGCGGAAGGGUACAGAGUCUGUCACCGAAGAGAAGUGCGCUGUGCUCUUCUCUACGAGCUUCAUGCUGGGCCCCAACAAACACCUCAUCCAGCUUCAGGCCCUGUCUCUGCCCUUGGUGGUCAUCGUUCAUGGCAACCAAGACAACAAUGCCAAAGCUACCAUCCUGUGGGAUAAUGCCUUCUCUGAGAUGGACCGAGUGCCCUUUGUGGUAGCUGAGCGAGUGCCCUGGGAGAAAAUGUGUGAAACUCUGAACCUCAAGUUUAUGGCUGAGGUGGGGACCAGCCGGGGACUGCUACCAGAACACUUCCUGUUCCUGGCCCAGAAGAUCUUCAAUGACAACAGCCUUAGCAUAGAGGCCUUUCAGCACCGCUGUGUGUCUUGGUCACAGUUCAACAAGGAGAUUCUACUGGGCCGAGGCUUCACUUUUUGGCAGUGGUUUGAUGGUGUCCUGGACCUCACUAAACGCUGUCUUCGGAGCUACUGGUCAGAUCGGCUGAUCAUCGGCUUUAUCAGUAAGCAAUAUGUCACUAGCCUUCUCCUCAACGAGCCAGAUGGAACCUUCCUCCUCCGCUUUAGCGACUCUGAGAUUGGGGGCAUCACCAUUGCCCAUGUCAUCCGGGGUCAGGAUGGCUCCUCACAGAUAGAGAACAUCCAGCCGUUUUCUGCCAAAGACCUAUCCAUUCGCUCACUGGGGGACCGAAUCCGAGAUCUUGCUCAAUUAAAAAACCUCUACCCCAAGAAACCCAAGGAUGAGGCUUUUCGGAGCCACUAUAAGCCGGAACAGAUGGGAAAGGACGGGAGGGGUUAUGUCUCAACUACUAUCAAGAUGACUGUGGAAAGGGACCAGCCCCUUCCUACUCCAGAGCCCCAGAUGCCUGCCAUGGUGGCCCCUUAUGAUCUUGGAAUGGCCCCUGAUGCUUCCAUGCAACUCAGCUCAGAUAUGGUGUAUCCUCCACAGUCUCAUUCCAUCCACUCAUUUCAGAGCAUCCCCCUAGAAGAGUCCAUGAGUGUACUGCCACCCUUUCAGGAGCCUCACCUUCAAAUGCCCCCCACCAUGAGCCAGAUAAGCAUGCCCUUUGACCAGCCUCAUCCCCAGGGCCUGCUCCAGUGCCAGUCCCAGGAGCAUGCGGUGUCCAGCCCUGAACCCUUGCUGUGUUCAGAUGUCACUAUGGCGGAAGACAGCUGCCUAACUCAGCCUGUGCAAGGUUUCCCCCAGGGCACCUGGGUCAGCGAAGGCAUGUACCCUCCCCUGAUGCCUCCCACUGAACAGGACCUCACCAAGCUUCUCCUAGAGGGCCAAGGGGAAGGUGGAGGAUCCAUAGGGACUCAGCCCCUCCUGCAACCAUCUUCUUAUGGGCAAUCGGGGAUCUCAAUGUCCCACCUGGACCUAAGGACCAACCCCAGUUGGUGAUCCCAACUGGAGAAGCCCAGAGACAG